AACUGGGUCAUCCUCCCCAUUCCCCGGAAUCUGAUGGCGAAAGGACCGUUGGGUGCGUUUAAAGGCUUCGAUGCCUUUGGCAAAACUUUGGAGGACGUCAAAAUCAAGACACGGACUGGUGGACUUUUGACCAUUAUAUCUAUAACUCUUAUCCUCUCUUUUACUCUUAUGGAAUUUAUCGACUUCCGACGGGUAAACACAGAUACUUCUAUCAUUGUUGACCGAUCUAGGGGCGAGAAGCUCAGCGUGGUGUUCAACAUUACUUUCCCAAAAGUGCCCUGCUAUCUUGUAAGCGCAGAUGUUACAGACAUAUCGGGGGAUUACCAAACCAAUAUCAUGCACAAUGUCUUUAAAACAAGGCUUAUGAACUCUGGUCAACCUGUUCCGGAGGCUGAAAUCAGUAAAGAAUUAAAAAGUGACCUUGACAUGGCGGCUAAAACUCGUGGGCCCAAUUUCUGUGGGUCUUGUUAUGGUGGUGUCGAACCCGAAACUGGGUGCUGUCAGACUUGCGAGGACGUACGACAAGCAUACUUGAACCGCGGAUGGAGCUUCUCGAACCCUGACGCGAUUGAUCAGUGUGUAGCAGAGCAUUGGACAGAAAAAAUCAAAGCUCAAUCGUCGGAGGGUUGCAACGUUGCUGGGAGGAUUGACCUUAACAAGGUUGUUGGCAAUCUUAUGUUGUGGCCCGGCAAGUCAUUCCAACAAUCCGGCAUGGGGAUGAGUGAGCUCGUUCCCUAUUUGAAAGAAGGGGAACCCCACCACUGGGGCCACAGCAUACUCCAAUUCUACUUCCAGCAUGCAGACGAGCGAUGGAAGCCAAAGGAAAGGCAGUUAAUGAAAGAAAAACUGGGGGUCCACCGCUAUCCUCUUGAGAGGCACUAUGCUCAUGCUCGUAAUCCUUCUUAUAUGUUUCAGUACUUCCUCAAGGUGGUGGGGACGCGGUAUCAUUUCUUGGAUGGGAACCACGUCCGAAGUCAUGAGUACAGUGUCACUACAUAUGAGAGAGAUCUCUCCCAAGGCUCUUCAGCGACAAAUGCCCAGGGCAUCACGGCCAGCCGUGGAUCCAGUGGCCAGCCCGGUGCUUUCUUCAAUUUCGAGAUCUCACCCAUGCUGGUAGUCCACACUGAGACGCGCCAGAGUUUUGCUCACUUCUUAACAUCAUUAUGCGCCAUCAUAGGUGGCGUGCUCACAAUCGCUUCGAUCCUUGACUCAGUCGUCUUCAACGCCUCUCAAGUACUUAAGAAGAAUGGGGGAAGCUCUAGUAGUUAUGGUGGCAAGCUGAUGUAAAGCACUGCAGCGCCGGUCAUUGCAUUGCAUUCGUAUUUUCUUUGCUUUCAAUCGGGUCGCUUGGAUGUGUGAACUCUGUUUUGGUAGUGGCAGUUGCGGCUUCCCUAGCUCUAUGCACCGUGCGUAUAAGAGUGAAACAUCCAUACAUGAUGUGAUAUUAUCUGGGGGUAGAGUCAGGUGGACUGGAUCCUCGGAGUUUGUUGCUUCGGGGGCUGGUAACUAUGUAGUCACUGGGGGUAGUGUAGGAUAUCUAUCUGUGCCCUAUUUCAUUGUGCCAUCGGCGUCAUUGUUCGUGCUCACAUGGUGAUUAUGUCUAGCU